AUGCAAGGCACAAGCAGUUUAGAGCCAACCGUCCGAAUCCGCGACCUGAAGAAGGACCGCGUAAACUUCGUGCUUGAGAAUGUGGACCUCGCCUUUGCGAACUCGCUUCGGCGAGUCAUGAUGGCCGAUAUACCGACCGUUGCUAUCGACUUAGUGGAGAUCGAGACCAACACGACGGUCCUUUCCGACGAAUUCUUGGCCCAUCGGCUGGGGAUGGUGCCAUUGGUUAGCACGAACUGUGACGAGGCUAUCCGGUACUCGCGAGAUUGUUCCUGCAUGUCUUCAUGCUCGUAUUGUUCGAUAGUGCUGCAACUGCACGUGUCGUGUACCGAAGACGAUACAACCCUGAACGUAACCAGCGAUCACUUGGACGUCGUCCCGGCAUCAGACGACGACCAAGGUGAUCCAGGCGAGGAGCUGACAAAACGGGUGGAGAACUUUGGUAGUCCGGUCGGCAAAGGUGUUGAGGGCGUCGACCCUGUGCUGCUCUGCAAAUUGCGAAAAGGUCAAGAACUCAAAGUCAGGUGUAUCGCGAAGAAGGGCAUUUCGAAAGAGCACGCAAAAUUCUCGCCCUGCGCCGCCGUUUCCUUUGAGUACGACCCGUGGAACAAGCUGCGCCAUACAUCCUACUGGUAUGAGAAAGACCCUCGCGCGGAAUGGCCAGUAAGCGAGAUCAACUCCAAGGAAGAAGAGCCUCCGAGAGACGACGAGCCCUUUGAUUACAACGCAAAGCCGAACAAAUUCUACUUCGAAGUCGAGACCGAUGGCAGUCUGGGCCCGCAAGAAGUGGUCAUGAAGGUGUGUCCCUCGGCAUGGUUAGCGCCACUGUAUUCACUUUGCGUAGGGACUUGCAGAACUACAAACAAAACUCGCCAACCUCAUUCUCGGGCUAAAAUCGCCCAAUGA